CCUUAGGGAUUUAUCAGAGUUUUUAGACUCCUUGAUUAUUAUUUUUUAAAGUGUGAGUCAUUCUGGAAGAGUUAGAGAACUUUCAAAGAUGAUACACAUCAGUGGAAAUGAGUUCAGUAAGAUUUCUUUCUUUCUGUCACCUUCCUGGCUUGUGACUGGGAAUUAGCAGAUCUGCGAGUUUUGUUUCACUUUUGGAGAGAAUAGAGAGCAGUGAAAAGGGCAAUAACAAUAAUAAGUAUGAAACACCAUGUCAGGACCUUGAGCUCUUCUUAGGAUCUGGGAGAACUUGAGAAGUUCAAGGACAGAAGAACUCAGGAAUGUUCAGCUAUGACAUUGGUCAUGUGGGCAUUUCUGGAUUGGCCUGAGAAGUAACCAACAAUUGUAGUAUUGUUACCCUGAAAAAAUGCAACUUGAGAUCCAAAUAGGUAACUUGUAAAGGAACUUUUGAGAUACAAUCCAUUCUCACUGAGUUCUCAAAGAGGGGGCUUCUUGGAGGGGAUCUUGAGAAGAGACAGUUUCAGGCAGCAUUGGUGUUGCACAGGGAAAACAAAGAUAGGUAGAAAUACACAACGUAUAUGAGCUAGUGCUGGAAAAACAUUCGUCCCUGGGAUCUGGGGCAGGCAGUGACCUGUUGAAAACUCGGCCAGCAGAGACACUUCUCCAGAGUAGGGUGGAAAAGAUGGCCUGCAUUUAAAGAGAGGAGGUUUAUGCUGAUGCUUCAUUCUGGAUUCUUGGGACAGCUUUGCUUCUUGAGUCUCAAAAAGCCAAAGGCCUUGGUCUGAGUCUACCUUCCUCCCGAGAGUCCGUGGAAAGGAGACUAGUGAGCACUCAGCAGAGGCAGCGCAGCCACGGUUUGAGGAAGUGUGAGAGGAUCUGGGUGGGAAGGUUAAGACCCUGGGACAAUUCCACCCGCGGGCUGUGAAAGGGAAGGGGGCUUAGGAGGAGCGAGUGAGCUCCUUAGAGCCUAGGAGCACCGAGGCAGGACGCACACUCCCGGCAAAGGUGUGGUGUGGUCGCGCACGGAGAAGGGACAGCAGAGAACACGGGCGGGAGGGGGCGGCUGCGGUGCUUUGGAGAGAAGUGGGAUCAGGAAGGUUAGGGAAGCUGACCCUGCAGCGACGUGCGCUCGGAGCAGGGGAGGGUCUGGGCUGGAGGGCGGCGUGUGACCGCCGAGCUGCGGCGGCUGGAACAGGUUGCUCCACCCCGCCCAGGAUCAGGCUAGGGGAGCCGGCGUGGCUGCGGCUGCCAAGUCCCGCCGAGUGCGUCUGCGAACUCCCGGAGCGGAGUCCCGCGUCCCGCCUCCUCCCCGCGGGGCGCACUCUCCUGGCUCCCCGGGGCCCCGCGUCCUCCCGCCCGCAACCCUUCCCCACUUUUCCCCGCUUUUGCAAUCACAUGGCAUUUUAAGAAUGCCAGAAAGAUGGCGGUAGCGGCGGCAGCGGCGGCGGCGGUGGCUGGGCCGGCUGGCGGGGGAGGCGCCCGGGCGCAGCGCAGCGGGCUGCUGGAAGUUUUGGUGCGGGAUCGCUGGCACAAAGUUCUGGUGAACUUGAGCGAGGACGCCCUGGUUCUGAGCUGCGAGGAGGGCGCUGCGGCGUACAACGGCAUCGGGACCGCCACCAAUGGUUCGUUCUGCAGGGGUACUGGGGCCGGGCACCCGGGCGCAGGCGGCGCGCAGCCCCCGGACUCGCCCGCUGGGGUCCGCACCGCCUUCACCGACCUACCCGAGCAGGUGCCCGAAUCCAUCUCGAACCAGAAGCGCGGCGUGAAGGUGCUGAAGCAGGAGCUGGGCGGGCUGGGCAUCAGCAUCAAGGGGGGAAAGGAGAACAAGAUGCCCAUCCUUAUCAGCAAGAUCUUCAAGGGGCUGGCGGCAGACCAGACCCAGGCCCUGUACGUGGGCGACGCCAUCCUGUCUGUGAACGGAGCAGACCUGCGGGAUGCCACCCACGACGAGGCGGUGCAGGCGCUGAAGCGCGCUGGCAAGGAAGUGCUGCUGGAAGUGAAGUAUAUGCGAGAAGCCACACCCUAUGUGAAGAAAGGGUCUCCAGUGUCCGAGAUCGGGUGGGAAACACCACCACCUGAAUCCCCUCGGUUAGGGGGCAGCUCCGCAGACCCUCUGUCAUCGCAGUCCUUCUCCUUCCACAGAGACCGGAAAAGCAUCCCCCUGAAAAUGUGCUACGUCACUCGGAGUAUGGCCUUGGCCGACCCUGAGAACAGGCAGCUUGAAAUCCACUCUCCAGAUGCGAAGCACACAGUCAUCCUGAGAAGCAAAGACUCAGCCACUGCCCAGGCCUGGUUCAGUGCCAUUCAUGCCAAUGUUAGUGAGCUCGUGACCAGAGUGAUUGCCGAGGUCAAAGAGCAGCUGGGGAAAACAGGCAUUGCUGGGAGCCGAGAGAUUAGGCACCUUGGUUGGCUUGCAGAAAAGGUGCCAGGAGACAGCGAGAAACAGUGGAAACCAGCCCUGGUUGUACUGACGGAGAAAGACCUUUUAAUCUACAACAGCAUGCCACGGAGGAAGGAAGCCUGGUCCAGCCCCGUGCACACAUACCCUCUUCUUGCCACCAGGCUGGUCCAUUCAGGUCCAGGGAAGGGAUCACCCCAGGCUGGUGUGGAUCUGUCCUUUGCAACACGAACUGGUACCAGGCAAGGGAUUGAAACCCAUCUUUUCAGGGCGGAGACCAGCAGGGAGCUCUCCCACUGGACAAGGAGCAUAGUUCAAGGUUGCCACAAUGCUGCUGAACUCAUUACUGAAAUCACCGCUGCUUGCACCUACAAAAACCAGGAGUGCCGUUUGACCAUACAUUACGAGAAUGGGUUUUCUGUUACCACUGAACCACAGGAGGGUGCCUUUCCCAAGACAAUCCUACAGUCUCCUUAUGAAAAGCUCAAAAUGUCUUCAGAUGAUGGAAUCAGGAUGCUGUAUUUAGAUUUUGGAGGCAAAGAUGGAGAGAUUCAACUGGACCUUCAUUCCUGCCCCAAGCCAAUUGUUUUCAUCAUUCAUUCUUUCCUGUCAGCUAAGAUUACAAGACUGGGCUUGGUGGCCUGAAGAGAGGAGCGACUUGCUUUGAGAAAUGGAGGGCUGCCAUGCCACCCAAGCAUGUGUUGUCGGACACCAUCUGUAGUGAGCAGAGCACCAGAUGUAGCAUACGACAGUCAGCUCUCGAUCUCAGGAGUCACAUGUAACUGUCCCAGACCCGUCAGUCUCAGCAACGAGAAGGGGGUACCCUAAGAAAGCACCCCGAGGAAUGUCAGAAUAAAGCUUUGUAGAACAGUACAAAGUUAAAGAGGUGAGGGUGAUUGGAAAGACACAGUGUAGCUUUUACAUCAUGACAACCAAGGCCAUGACCAUUAGAACAGCAUGUGCAGAUCUGAAUCAUACUGGUUUCCAGGCAACUGGUUCACCCAGGUAAGCAAGGGCUGAAUAGAUGAGAAAUAGACAUUGUCACCUAGUCCCCCAGCUCCCUACCCCCAGUAACAACCAUCUCUUGUUUUUUUGCGAUUUAUUUCCUAAUUCUGGUUGUGUUGACUUUCACUGGUAGAAAAAGAAAAAUACUUUGAAUAGAAACCCACCUUUUAUUUAAGUAUAAAGCAAUGGUUACCAUUUUUUUUUAAUGAGUUAUCUUUCAAUGGUGUAGAAUGAUUCCCACAUAUUCUCAUUUGCAUACAUGGAGCAGGAAUUAAAUAAAGCAUCAGAUAGUGAUCUGAGCUGUAAGCUAGUGGAAUCUGAGCCAAAGUAGACUGUUGAAAUUGAUAAGCUUUGCUAAAGAGUUGUAUGCACAAAAGAUGAUUAAUUCUGGGACUUCCCUUACAUCAAGGUCUGCUAUCUUACAGCCAAGAAUGAUAGUUUUAUUUAUAGAGGGCAAAUUAUGGGUAUUAUGUUUUGGAAAAGAUUGUCAUCUGAUUCAUAUAUAUAAAACUUGGAUGGUUAAGGUUAACUAUUUCUCUUUAUUUUGUGGUUUUAGGUAGAAAUACUGAGCAGUUUAUGACCCUCAAUUCUGCCUGUGCUUGUAUGCAUGCAUUUUCAAGCAAGCAGUAGAGUAGCCUUGUUUAAUAACGCUGGGUCUUACCUAUAGGCCCAGUAUUUUAAUCAGAUCUAUUGAUACUGUCUACAGAUCUUUUGGAAUUCCAAAGAAAUACUAUAAUGACCUGAUAUUUUUCUACAAGAAUACUUUCAGACAGUAUAUAGCACAUUACUGAUUUAAUGCUUUUGCUUUUAUCUUUAAUAAUUCACUAUGGCUGGGCGAGGUGGCUUACAUCUGUAAUCCUUGCACUCUGGGAGGCUGAGGCAGGUGGAUUGCCUGAGCUCAGGAGUUCAAGACCAGCCUGAGCAAGAAAGAGACCCUGUCUCUAAAACAUAGCCGGUGUCUGUAGUCCCAGCUACUUGGGAGGCAGAGGCAAGAGGAUCACUUGAGCACAAGAGUUUAAGGUUGCUAUGAGCUAAGAUGCCGUGGCACUCUACCCAGGGUGACAAAGUGAGACUCUGUCUCAAAAAAAAAAAAAAGAUUCACUAAAAAUAGCACCUGUUAUUCAAUUUUGGAGUCACUUUUGUCAAACCUUGAAAAUCAGCUCUAGAAUUUCUGCAAGCGUUUCUGGCACUUAUUUCUUUCCUCUGUAGUUUGCAUAGACAGACUUCCUGUGUUAAGAUCUGUGUUUUUUAAGAACCACGCUUUAGCAAAUACCCAUCCAAACACCUUUAAAAAGUGAAACUGUGUUAAAAGAACGUGACUUUGCUCACUCAGAUAUGGUAUUUAUUGAGUGGCAAAGUUUUAUUUUAAAUCAGCAUUUCCCCAAAGUAUGAAUCAUAUGAUACUAGUUCCAGGAGGCAUUGAGUAAGUGCUAUUGAUUCAGGAUAGGGUUAAGGGUUUGGCAACAAACUUUAAUACUGGGUUUAAAAAAAAAAUGUUGAAACAGAUUUUAGGAUCGGCAGCUUUCUCAAAGACUUUAAAGUAAUCUGGCGAGGCAUUCCUCACCCGUACCUACAGAACUCCUUUCUAAUGGAACAUCCUGUGAAGCUAGUGAUUUUUUAAAAAAUGCUUUAGAAAACACAGCUUUAGGACAUUGAUUUUUGUUUGUUUGUUUCCUAUUUUAAAAUGCUGAAAAGUCCCAGCUUGAAUACUGUAGGAAAGCUUUAAUGCACUUGUAAAUUACAUUGCACUCUUUCACUAUAUAUUUUCAAAAAUCACUGGAAUGUUGUUAUACAAAAGAAUUAUACUUGUGUAUUGUAAAUAACAUAUUAGAAUACAUAUAUUAAUGCUAAUAGUUUGAUUCAACAAUAUGUAAUCUAAGGUGCUCGGUACUACAUGAAGUAUGAGUUAAUUACUUAUAAAUAAGUUGCAAAAAUCCUAUUAUAUAUUUAUAGACAAAUUAAAAUAAUCAUAAUUA